AGGCUCGAGGCUUUGCGUCACGCGCGAAGGUGACGGUUGAGGAGGCAGGGAGACGCGCGCGCCGCUGACAGCCCACAACGCAGCUCGAGCCGUUACAGUGGAGAGUCACGCGCUCCGGUAUGGCGGCGUCUCAUUAAAGAUCCACAGCGACACACGGUGCAGACCUUCAGCUCCGAGACACACCGGAAUCCGUGAUUUAUCUCACCAGAGCGCGAGACACUGGUCAGAGAGAGGGAGAGGGAGGAGAGAGAGAGAGAGAGAGAGAGAGAGAGAGUUACUGAGAUUAAACACGGACAAUGGCGGAUCGUGAUGCUCUGCCGCUUCCUCUGGAGGUGAGGGCGAGACUGGCGGAACUGGAGCUCGAGCUGUCGGAAGGUGAUAUCACACAGAAAGGUUAUGAGAAGAAGAGGGCAAAACUGAUUGGUGCUUAUCUUCCACAGCCUCCAGGGCUGGACUUGUCGAUGGCACAUGAGCGCAGACCCCCCAUGGUUCCCUCUUCUGCCUCUCGGUACCACCGCAGACGUUCUUCAGGCACCCGAGACGAGCGUUACAGAUCAGACGUUCACACUGAAGCAGUUCAGGCUGCUCUCGCUAAACACAAAGAGAGGAAGGUGGCCGUUCCGAUGCCGUCCAAACGGCGCUCACUUGUGGUACAGACUUCCAUGGAUGCCUACACACCUCCAGGCCUCUCCCCGCUCUCGUCUCUGCCCCCGCUGACAGACACGUCGUCUGGCUCUGAUGAGGAGGGGCUUCAUGGUGAGGGCACGCCCACCUCCAGCCAGGGUAGUGCCAGCAUGGAGCACUGGAUCAGCCGUGCCAUCCAUCAUGGCUCCACCACCUCAUCCUCAUCCUCAUCCACGCAGAGUGGAGGAAGCGGUGCUGCCAGCCGUCUUGCAGAUGUCCUCGCCCAGACGCACAUGGGAAAAACAGGGCCAAUCUCUCACCUCUCUCUGAAGAGGAAAACUGUGCUCGCUGUAGCUGAGAACGGAAACUCACUGCGUCGCUCCUGUGAGUUCGGGUCUGAUCUCCUCUGGCCUCCACCUCUUGAGUCGGAUGAGAACCAUUCAGCACCUCCAGACAUCACUACUUACACCUCAGAACUCCCAGCACAGGUGGAGAGACCACAGGUGUCCACUGUUCCUCGCACCACCCAGAAGUACGGUAAUGCUGAGCUCAUGGAGACAGGAGACGGGGUCCCAGUCAGCAGUCGAGUCUCUGCCAAGAUCCAGCAGCUGGUAAACACUCUGAAGCAGCCGAGACGGCCUCCACUGCGUGAGUUCUUUGUUGAUGAUUUCGAGGAGCUCCUUGAAGUCCAGCAGCCUGACCCGAACCAGCCCCGGCCUGAGGGAGCGCAGAUGAUGACUAUGAGAGGAGAACAGCUUGGAGUGGUGACCAACUGGCCUCCGUCACUAGAGGCAGCACUGCAGCGAUGGGGAACCAUCUCCCCUAAAGCCCCCUGUCUCACCACCAUGGACACUAACGGCAAGCCCCUCUACGUCCUCACAUACGGGAAAUUGUGGUCACGCAGUAUCAAAGUUGCCUACAACAUCCUGCAUAAACUGGGGACCAAACAGGAGCCCAUGGUGCGGCCGGGAGACCGGGUAGCUCUAGUCUUCCCGAAUAAUGACCCGGCUGCGUUCAUGGUGGCGUUUUACGGCUGUUUGUUGGCUGAGGUUGUCCCGGUGCCAAUUGAGGUUCCACUGACUCGAAAGGACGCAGGAAGUCAGCAGAUCGGUUUCCUCCUCGGGAGUUGUGGUGUUACUGUGGCUCUGACCAGUGACGCCUGUCAUAAGGGGCUCCCCAAAGGCCCCACCGGAGAAAUCCCACAGUUCAAAGGUUGGCCGAAGCUGCUGUGGUUUGUCACAGAAUCAAAACACCUCUCUAAGCCUCCACGUGAUUGGUUCCCACAUAUCAAAGAUGCAAACAAUGAUACAGCCUACAUCGAGUAUAAGACCUGUAAGGAUGGCAGUGUAUUGGGUGUUACAGUGAUGAGGAUUGCUCUGCUCACACACUGCCAGGCUCUCACACAGUCCUGUGGCUACACAGAGGCGGAGACCAUAGUGAAUGUGUUAGACUUUAAGAAGGAUGUGGGUCUAUGGCAUGGCAUUCUGACAAGUGUUAUGAAUAUGAUGCAUGUGAUCAGUAUCCCAUACUCUCUGAUGAAGGUCAACCCAUUGUCCUGGAUCCAGAAAGUGUGUCAGUAUAAAGCUAAAGUUGCAUGUGUGAAGAGCAGAGAUAUGCACUGGGCUCUGGUGGCUCACAGAGAUCAGAGAGACAUUAAUCUGAGUUCACUGCGCAUGCUAGUGGUGGCUGAUGGAUCAAAUCCCUGGUCGAUCUCUUCAUGUGAUGCGUUCCUAAAUGUAUUCCAGAGUAAGGGUCUAAGGCCAGAGGUCAUCUGUCCAUGUGCUAGCUCACCUGAGGCUCUUACUGUUGCGAUCAGGAGACCUACAGAUGACAGCAGUCAGCCACCUGGUCGAGGGGUUUUGUCUAUGCAGGGUUUGAGCCACGGGGUUAUAAGAGUGGACACAGAAGAACGUCUUGCGGUUCUUACAGUACAGGAUGUGGGCACGGUCAUGCCAGGAGCAUUGAUGUGUGUUGUAAAACCAGAAGGAGUUCCACAGUUGUGUAGAACAGAUGAGAUUGGAGAGUUGUGUGUUUGCUCCAUUGCCACGGGAACGUCAUACUACGGUCUGUCAGGAAUGACGAAGAACACAUUUGAGGUUUUUCCUAUGAGCAGCUCAGGAGCCCUGAUCAGUGAAUAUCCGUUCACACGCAGUGGGCUGCUGGGCUUCGUGGGUCCUGGGGGUUUGGUCUUCAUUGCUGGAAAGAUGGAUGGCCUGAUGGUGGUCAGUGGGCGGAGACACAACGCUGAUGACAUUGUGGCCACAGCACUUGCUGUAGAACCCAUGAAGUUUGUGUACAGAGGCAGAAUAGCGGUGUUCUCUGUGACAGUUCUUCAUGAUGAGCGUAUCGUAGUGGUGGCAGAACAGAGACCCGACUCUACAGAGGAGGACAGUUUUCAGUGGAUGAGUCGAGUUCUACAGGCCAUCGACAGUAUCCAUAAUGUAGGUGUGUUCUGUUUGGCGUUGGUUCCUGCAAACACUCUGCCCAAGACCCCGCUGGGGGGAAUCCACCUGUCCGAAACCAAGCAGCUGUUUCUCGAAGGUUCUCUGCAUCCCUGUAAUGUUCUCAUGUGUCCUCACACCUGCGUCACCAACCUCCCCAAACCACGACAGAAACAACCAGAAAUUGGUCCUGCAUCAGUGAUGGUGGGGAAUCUGGUGUCAGGGAAGAGAAUCGCUCAAGCAAGUGGGAGAGACCUGGGACAGAUCGAAGACAAUGAUCAGUUCCUGUUCUUGUCUGAAGUGUUGCAGUGGCGAGCUCAGACCACCCCAGACCAUGUGCUCUUUACCCUGCUUAGCUCACGGGGGGCAGUUCUGAGCUCACUGACCUGUGUGCAGCUUCAUAAGCGUGCGGAGAAGAUUGCAGCAAUGCUGAUAGAGCGAGGACACCUGCAGGAUGGAGCUCACGUGGCUCUGGUUUUUCCACCAGGCAUUGACCUGAUCGCGGCAUUUUAUGGCUGUCUGUACGCUGGCUGUGUUCCCAUCACUGUGCGCCCACCGCACCCUCAGAACAUCGCCACCACGCUGCCCACCGUCAAGAUGAUUGUGGAGGUUAGUCGCUCAGCUUGUGUGAUGACUACGCUAGUGAUCAGUAAGCUGCUGAAGUCCAAGGAAGCGUCUGCUGCAGUGGAUAUCAGAGCGUGGCCUCUGGUCCUAGACACAGAUGAUCUGCCAAAGAAAAAGCCGCCUCAGCUGUACAAGCCCUCAAACCCGGACACACUGGCUUACCUGGACUUCAGUGUGUCCACCACAGGGAUGCUCGCUGGAGUAAAGAUGUCUCAUUCUGCCACCAGUGCCUUCUGCCGCUCAAUCAAGCUUCAGUGUGAGCUUUACCCUUCUCGUGAAGUGGCCAUCUGCCUCGACCCCUACUGCGGCCUGGGCUUCGUCCUCUGGUGCCUCUGCAGUGUGUACUCAGGGCACCAGUCCAUCCUGAUUCCACCAUCAGAGUUAGAAGUGAAUCCUGCUCUCUGGUUGCUGGCUGUCAGUCAGUUUCGCGUCAGAGACACGUUCUGCUCGUACUCUGUGAUGGAGCUGUGCACUAAAGGCCUCGGCCUGCAGACCGAGUCUCUGAAGUCCCGUGGGUUGGACCUGUCCCGUGUGAGGACGUGUGUGGUGGUGGCUGAGGAAAGACCACGCAUCGCUCUCACUCAGUCUUUCUCAAAACUGUUUAAAGAUCUUGGUCUUCAUCCACGUGCCGUCAGCACCUCCUUCGGCUGCAGAGUGAAUCUCGCAAUCUGCCUGCAGACUCACAGACUUGGAAAGAUUGAUCAGGGCACUUCUGGACCGGACCCAACAACUGUGUAUGUAGACAUGAGAGCACUCAGACAUGACAGAGUGCGUCUGGUUGAACGAGGUUCUCCACACAGUCUGCCGCUCAUGGAGUCUGGAAAGAUUUUACCUGGAGUACGCAUCAUAAUUGCUAAUCCUGAAACAAAGGGUCCAUUAGGAGAUUCUCAUCUUGGAGAGAUUUGGGUGCACAGCAUUCACAACGGGAGCGGUUACUUCACUGUGUACGGAGAUGAGACUCUGCAAUCUGACCACUUCAACUCACGCCUGAGCUUUGGAGACACGCAGACCGUGUGGGCAAGAACUGGAUACCUGGGGUUCCUGAGACGCACUGAGCUCACUGACGCCAGUGGAGAGAGACACGAUGCCCUGUAUGUGGUUGGAGCUUUGGAUGAGGCGAUGGAGCUCAGAGGGAUGAGGUAUCAUCCCAUCGACAUCGAAACCUCCGUCAUCCGCGCUCACAAAAGCAUUAUGGAAUGUGCUGUGUUCCCAUGGACUAACUUGUUAGUGGUGGUGGUGGAGUUGGAGGGCUCAGAGCAGGAGGCGUUAGAUUUGGUGCCAUUGGUGACGAAUGCGGUGUUGGAGGAACAUUACCUGAUUGUAGGCGUGGUCGUGGUGGUGGACAUCGGCGUCAUUCCCAUCAACUCUCGUGGAGAAAAACAGAGGAUGCACCUGCGUGAUGGCUUCCUGGCCGAUCAGCUUGACCCCAUUUAUGUGGCCUACAACAUGUAGCUGUGUGUCCGAGUGUAUUGCUGUGUGUCUGCUACUAAGUGGGCGGAGCUUCAGCACAAAAUAAAUAAUGACAUUAAAUUGACAAUGAAGAUCAAUGAGAGACACAGGAGCCCUAAAGGAGAUGCAGCAAAAUGGAGAAAAGUGGAGGACAGGUACAGGAUGGAUGCAGGACAGAUGAUUGGUUCGGAGUGGAGGAGAUCUGGAGGUGCUUUUGCUCGGCUGGAAAUUCGCUUUGUUUUUUUUUUGGUCCAAACUGAGUCACGACAUUUUUACCUUUUAUGAGAAUGGAGAUUUUAUGUUGACUGUGAGUUUGGAAUAUGUAUUUAGACACACCCACACACCCACACACACACCCACCCACACACACAUCACACCCACCCACACACACACACACGCAUGCAUACACACAACACACAUGCAAACACACGCACAACACACAUGCAUGCAUACACACACACACACACACCCACACACACACACACAACACACGCAUACACACAACACACACACGUGCACAAACACACAAAGUUAAGAAGAGGUACAACACCAGUCUUUGUAUGUAUGUGCAGCUUUUCCUCCAACAGUUUUAGUUCUACAGCUUAACUUUGUAAAUGUCCCACAGCAGAGAUUCAGUUGUUUAAUUUGGGUGUAAAAAGCCAAAUUAACUGUGUAAUUAAUGUACAGUAAAUAGUUCGUAUUUAUUUUGUUCAUUUUAAAAGCGAGAAGACAUGGGAAAAUGUUUUUCUCAUUAACAUUGCUAAUAUAAAUAAAGCUUUGUAUAAUCUUGAGUAACAUCAAGAAAAUGUACAAAUAUAAAUAAUAUAUAUAGAUCUAUAAAUAAAUAUAAAAUAUUUAUUAAAAUACCAUCUAAGAAACACCAAUGAUUUUGAUGCAGUACUUCUCAUUUGCAUGGCAUCUGUUGUAGACAGAAGUUUUAAGUUCUUUUACACACACACACACACACACACACACACACACACACACACACACAUUCAGCAAACACUGCAGCAUAACCUCGUGUUCUGAUUGUGUUUCAUUGCCUUGUUUGUGUUUAAGUUGCAUUUAAAAAAAAAAAAAAAAUUGUAACUUCAUUUAUUUAUUUAUUAACAGAUUUGUACAGAAGAGUUUUAGGGCCAUGUUGAGUUCUUCACACACACACACACACACACACACACACACACUCACACAAGCCUGAGGACUGGCUGCUCUGUGUGAUUUCAGAUUCAUGCAUCGACUCAGACGAGGAACUGUGAAGAGAAUAAUAACUGAAAUAUGAGAAACAAAAUACCAGGAAUAUACUGAAACUUCAGCCUCAGUGUGGAACUUUUAAAGCUUAUGAGUCUUUUCACAACCGCUGAUAAAUACAUUUAUAUCUUUUUGUCUCUAAUCACAUUAUCGUUCCUUUAUUUUUUAAUAAGCAUAAUUAUAAUUUGUACUGUGUGGGAAACGUUUACACUUCAUCACUGAGUGAAAGUUUAAUCUUUUUUUAUGAAGGAAUGAAGUCUUACAGUUUGUUCACGUUGUAAAACUAAAAUAUGGACAUUUCAGAAAGUGAAAAAAAGUAAAUGUGCACAUUACGGUUCCUCCUGUCACAUUAACGUUCCUCCUUUGUUGAAACGUGGGUUGACGUGAGCGAGUCUGCAUGGUGUGUGUACAUAUUGUUGUUUACCUAAAAAAAAAAACACAAAAAGACAAAAAAAGAUUUUUGUAUGGUGCAGGUGUGAUUCGAAUUGUUUUGUACACAUAAAUAAAAGUAUUAAAUGACACUUUUAUAGACGCCUGCUUUGGCCAAACUUCACAAGAUUAUGGUGCAAUAAAGUGCUUUAAUUGGUAAAA